AUGUCGAAGAACGAACAACAUAAGGGCUAUGCCGCCAGUGUCGAUGCCAGUACCUCGAAGAAGAGCGUCAAAGCCGUCCAAGACCUCGAGACGAGUACCGUCUCGGUCCCCGUUGAAACCGUACCAUAUGAGCAGUCGGAAGAGAAAUCACUCGUUCGAAAAGUCGACUGUCGCAUUAUGCCGUAUUUGUGGGGAUACGCCGUCUUGUCCGCUGUCGAUAAAAUUAUAAUCUCCAAUGCGGCACUCUAUGGCAUGAAAGACGACACUCAUCUUACUGGGCAGCAGUAUAGCUGGGUGGGCUCGAUCUUCUACUUUGGUUAUCUUGUUGCCGAGUUUCCGCUUGUUGCUUUGAUGGGACGCUUCCCUAUAGCCAAGUUUCUCGCAGUUAUGGCUAUGGGAUGGGCUUUGAUGACUAUCCUAAUGGCCACAUGCCAGAAUCAUCAAGGCCUUAUGGCUCUGCGAUUUUUCAUGGGUAUGAUGGAAGCGCCAGCACUUCCAGGCUUGACAUUGAUGACGACCAUGUGGUAUACCAAGAAGGAGCAGCCUCUUCGAGUCGCGCUUUGGAGCUCUACUGUGGCUUCUGUCUAUGUCGGACUUGUUUCUUACGGAAUCGGCAAUGCCUCGAACUUGUCAAUCGCCAAUUGGCGAUUGCUCUUCAUCUGCCUUGGAGCUAUCUCCAUCUUCUUUGCCGUGAUGAUGUUCAUCUUUUGCCCGGAUCGGCCAGAAGCCGGACAUUUUCUCUCUCAGCGGGAAGCCCUUGUUGCCAUUGAACGGAAACGAUCCGACAAUACUGGAAUCGAGAACAAGAAACUCAAGUUUUACCAGGUUCGUGAGGCUCUGAUGGACUGGAAAUCCUGGGCCAUCGCCCUGUUCUUCCUGUGCAUGAACGUCAGUAAUGGCGGUCUGAAUACUUUCUCCGCGCAAAUCGUGUCGGGAUUCGGCUUCAGCAAACUUAACACUGUCUUGAUUGGCAUGCCCACUGGAGUGAUUCAAGCAGUGACAAGCAUACUUGCCACUAUCCCGCCCCGUUACUUCAAAAACACGCGCUGUCUAUCCGCCGCUGCAUGCUGUGUUGUCCCGUUAGUAUGCUCGAUAGUGAUCCGGAGACUACCGUCAAGCGACAAAACGGGACUUCUGAUUGCGUACUACUUCUUCUACUUCUUUUGGGGUCCCUAUGCUGUCGCGCUGUCGCUGCCGAUGGCGAAUACCUCUGGGCAUUCGAAGAAGCUGACUGUUAACGCCAUGAUCUUUCUCUCCUACUGCGUGGCCAAUAUUAUCGCCCCACAAACGUUCCAGUCGUCCGAGGCCCCGCAUUACCAGAGUGGCUACAACUCCAUUGCCGGCUUCGAAAGCGCCGCCAUCGCUAUCAUGCUUGUGUAUAUCAUCGGCGUUAAGUUGGAGAAUCACAGGCGUCAAAAGCUUCAUGGAGCAGUUGUCGAGGGAGAUGUUGAUCCAACACUCAGCUUUGACGAUUUGACAGACUGGGAGAAGCCUAACUUCAGAUAUGUGUGUUAA